GAGGCACCUCCCCAACCGAGACGUAAGCCAUGGCAGUCCGACCAGUGUCGCAGCCUUUGAGUAAUAUUAUACGAAAUGGCUCAAGGCUAUCGGGCCGUUGUUUGCGAGCAGCUGUGACUCUCCCAACAGCACAGCUUGCUGCCCGCAGUCGCACUUUCGGCGGCAGUGGGGUUCAAACUGAGCGAGAGACAUUCCCUUUUCAGAAUCCCGUUUCAAAGUUCAUUAAUCCAAUAGGCUACAUAAAAUGGAAAAUGAGCCGAAUUGACUCUGCCCGGCAUGCAUAUGAAGCGUGCUCUCUCCAAUUUGAAAAGCGGCCAGAUUUUGUGCAAGCACUCAACCUUCCGGAUAACUUCCAGACAUGGUUCGCGAUGACAUUAUUGCAUGUGUGGAUCUAUAAUGCCCGUCUGCGGGCGGAAGGACUUGAAGGAAAGGAAAUGAAGCAGGAGAUCUUUGAUCACAUAUGGUUAGACGUUGAAAUCAAGAUCCACAAGGCCGGGGUGAAGCGACAACUGUCCAAGAUAAUGAGUAAUUUGGUUAGUGCCUAUUAUGGGCAAACUUUGGCGUACGACGAGGGGCUUUAUUAUGGAGAUGCUAUUUUGGCGGGAGCACUGUGGAGGAACUUGUUGGGGUCUCAGGACGUUGAUGCGAAGCAAUUGGAAUCGCUUGUGACGUAUGUUCGUAAGCAGCUGCAGCACAUCGAUCAAGCAGAUCGCUCGGAGAUACUGGAAGGGAGAUUCUCCUUUGCGGAUGUAAAAAUAUAGCAUGUAAAUAUUAUUCAAAUAACUGUCAUCUAUACCC